UUUUGACGUUUUUGACGCAACCCAAUGCGGAAGUAAGUUGUCAUCUACAACCAUCGGUUGCUUCACCAUGCAAUAGACUGUGUUUCUAAGCGGUCAUCUGGUGUAUCAUGGCAGCGGAUGAGUCUGGAGGUGUGAACCGGGUGUCGGCUUGCCUGUGUGUUCUCUGCGGGCUUCCUGCUGCCGGGAAGUCCACGCUGGCCCGCGGGCUUCUCGGCACAGCUGCACGGCUUGGCUGGAGAGCAGCUGUGGUGCAGUAUGACGACCUGAUCCCGGAGCAUGCUUUUCAAAACAGAGUGGCUGAGGAGGGUGUGGAAAUGCAAGAUAUGCACACGGACUGGAAGAUACACAGACAAGCAGUAUUGCAGUGUGUUGAACAGUUCUUAGAGGGACCUCAAGUUUUGGCCACACUGCCGAGCAGUCGUCACAUCGACAGAGCAGCAUGGGAGCGAUGCAUUAAAACUCUGCAGCAGCCUGAAACUUCGGACAGGGCACCACUUCUGUUUCUGCUGGAUGACAACUUCUACUAUCCGAGCAUGAGAUAUGAAGUGUACCAAGUUGCAAGAAAAGACUCACUUGGUUUCUGUCAGGUGUAUCUACAGUGUGAUUUGGAGUCGUGCAACAGCAGAAACCAGAGCAGGCCUGAACCUGUUCCCACUGAGGUGAUGGAGGACAUGGUGAGGCGUAUAGAGCCUCCGAAUCCACAGAAGAACUCAUGGGAGAAAAACAGCAUGUCACUUAACACCUCAGGGACAUUAUCUGACAGUGACAUACAGAAGGUGAUGGAGCUGAUCUUUUCUGCAAUGAGCAACCCAGUGAGCCCUGUUGAGGACAACACUGAACAAACUGAGGCUGACCGUCUGAAGUGUGCCACCAGUGUCAUUCACCAGGCUGACCAGGCAUGCCGACGUCUCGUCUCUGAGGCCAUGAAGACUGCAAAAGAAAGUCAAGUCCCACCUGAGCACAUGAAGUCUUUGGCUGCUCAGCUGAAUGAAGCCAAAGCAACAUUUCUUCACAACCUGCGGAAACAGAUGCUCCAGGAAGCAGCUUUCAUGCAAGAGGAGGACAUGGAUAUAGAUCGUGUGGUGAAAAGAGCUGUGGAUGUUUUUGAUCAUGAGAAACAGGAAGUCCUCUCCAGAAUCAUAAAUGAAGCAACUUGAGCUGGAAUUUUCCAAAAAUGAAGAUAACACAUCAAACACUAGCAGCAGUGAAUGUCAGUUUCUUUUUUAUUAAAGUGAAACACACCUUGGUUUGUCACUUGCUUUUCAGAUUGUAUGAAUGUGGCAAUGGGUGUAAUAAAAUAAAUGUAUGAAUCAUUUUCUUUUAUCAAAUAAAGUUUAUUUUUUUAAAGCAAA